UAAAUCCAAAACCUACUGAAUUCAGUGAGAAACCAAACAAAACCAAACCAACCAAUGGCGGUCUCCACGUCGCCGCUUCACGCUUUCCCUCCGUCCAUCUCCGUCCGCUGCAAGCAGCCCGCCGUUAGGGUUCCGUCUCGAGAGACGCGUGAGCUCCAUGGAUUUCUCCGUUUCGAUCUCGGACGGAAACCUAACGGCAAAUCGACGAGGCUGAACGCGGGGUUGACGGAGGUCGAGCCUGACCUCGAGGAGGAUUACAGGGACCGGUGGCGGACUAACGGAAUCAGCCCCGAGGAUUUUAUUUACGGGGAGUUUGAUGGACACCAUACUUACCACGAAGGCAGUGAAGUUAAAGGGCCAUUCUGGGAAACUGUUGCUAAGGAGUAUCAAGCUGCAGAACCCCCAACUGGUUUCCAAGGGCUUAUUUCUUGGUUGUUUCUUCCAGCAGUAGCUGCAGGUCUGGCUUACAAUGUACCGGGUGAGUAUUUAUAUAUCGGAGCAGCUGUUUUUGUUGUCAUCUUCUGUGGUAUCGAGAUGGGAAAGCCUGAUAAGGCUCAUAAUUUUGAGCCUGAAAUUUACAAUAUGGAAAGAUGAGCUCGCGAUAAGUUGAUAGCUGAUUACAACACUAUGGACAUCUGGGAUUUCAAUGAGAAGUAUGGUGAGCUGUGGGACUUCACAGUAAAAAACGAAGAAAUUAUAAAAGGACUUCAAUGAUGUUGUGCUCAUAUUUAGUACUUCAGAGCACAUAUAAAUUUGUCCUGGUUUUAUGAAUUGGUUGACUUGGCAGUUUUCUGUACAUUUUUUUGUAAAGUUUCAUUUAUUAAGGUUUGCAUAUAAAUUGUUCUCA